AUGGCUCUUCCGCCUGGCACAGCAUCUACACCGCUGCUCGCCACACCUAUCAACGGGAGUGGAAGCGCCACAGAGAGCCUCGGCGAGAGCAGGAGGAGCUCAAGUGGACGUGGGUCGGUGGCCAAGCUCAAUUGCUCUUUGGUGGCAUCGCUGGCAUCGCUGCUGAAACUGGCGGCAUCGACACGGACAUCGGUCUCGGUGGCUUUGAUCUUGGCUCUCCUUGCCGUCUCCAUCCUCGAGCAAGUUGCUGUUUACUAUGUCGGCCUCUUGCCUUCUCGGUUUUACUCGGUCCUCUCGUCCCAUAAUCAUGAUGCCUUUGUGGCGCUUCUCUGGCGAUCGCUUGUCCUCACCAUCAUUGUCGCCCUCCUCAACUCGCUUGCCGCCCUCCUCGCCUCGCUCAUCGCCCUGGGAACGCGAUCAGCGCUCUCAGGCAUGCUGCAAAGCCAGUACCUUGCAAGCCGUGCCUACUACGGCCUGUCGCGGCCGGCGCUGCCGCGGCUAGACGGCGUCGAGCUCGUCGGCAUCGACAACCCGGACCAGCGGCUGGUCCAGGAUGUCGACGACUUGACGACGACCCUGACCCAGGCCGUCCCGCCAUUUCUCCUUGCGCCGUUCAUCAUCGCCUUUUACACUUACGUCACCUACGAGUCGAUGGGCUGGGAGGGUCCGCUCUACAUCUACGGCUACUUUCUCGUCGCCACCAUCAUCAACAAGUUCCUGCUCUCGCCGAUCGUGGCCUUCAUCUUUGCGCAAGAGCGGCUCGAGGGAAACUACCGCUACGGCCACGCCCGAGUCCGGACCUACGCCGAGUCGAUCGCCUUUCUCUCCGGCGCUGAUGCCGAGAGCGCUGGCCUUGCCGUCUCGCUCCGCCGCCUUGUCUCCAACGCGCGCGCCAUCAUCUGGCGAGAGUUUCCGCUUGACCUCUCCACUCGGUUCUUUGCUGGGCUCGGCGGUAUUCUCUCGUACCUCAUUGUCUCCAUCCCGAUCUUUCACGGUCGCUACGAGCACAAGUCGCCCGGCGAGACCGCCGAAAUCAUCUCCAAAACCUCGUUCUACGCCAUCUACCUCAUCUACUCGUUCACGCAGCUCCUGGAACUGUCCAAGCAGCUCACCCUCGCCGCCGGCCUCACCGCACGUCUUGCCACCCUCCGCACCGCGCUCGACGACGCCAGCGCACCCGAGCCGGAUGCAGGCAUCCUUAUCGACGCCGACUCGGACAUGCUUGACCUUGACUGCGUCACUGUCUGCACCCCGACCGGUCGCGUUCUCCUGCAGGACGUGAGUGUGUCUGUUCCGCGUGGCGGCCUCCUCAUCCGCGGUCCGUCCGGCUGCGGCAAGUCGUCGCUUCUACGCGCCAUCGCUGGCCUCUGGCCGUUUGCCGGCACCAUCACUCGCCCGUCCGAGCACCUCGCCUUUGUCCCACAGGUCCCGUACCUGGGCGGCUCGCGCUCGUCGUUUGCUGCUGCGCUCGCCUACCCGGCGCCAGUUCCGUCUUCUCCCACUCGCGACGACGCGCUCGAGCUGCGCAAGGUCCUUGCCGACGUCGGCCUUGCUGAUCUACCGCGCCAGCUCGGCGUCGGCCUCUUCACUCCGCUAGACCUGCAUGCUACUCUCUCUGUCGGCGAGCAGCAGCGGCUGGCCUUUGCGCGACUGCUUUAUGCCCGCCCGCGCUGUGCGGUGCUUGAUGAGGCCACCUCUGCCCUUGACGAGCAGACCGAGGCUAGUCUGUACAACCUUCUCCAUGUCCACGGCAUCCGCUUCGUCUCGGUUGGCCACCGCUCGACCCUUGCCCCCUUCCACGCCGCCGUCCUUGACAUUGUCCCCGCGGCCUCGACACUCUCCAGCCCGCCUCGCGCCGCGGCACCACCUCUUCCCUCGCCAGCCGCCAUCGCCCCAACACCUUUGCUCCACUCGCCCUCGCUCGAUCUCGACAAUCUCGACGAUCGUGAUGAUCUUGAAUGAAAUGCCGUCAAUGCCCCGCCCGACACAUCUUGCUGCUCCCGCUCACCACCUGUCGCCAUCGCCCACACCAGCAUGAGCGCCACCUCUUCCGC